AUGUCAUCCUCGGCGGUACCGGAGGGCCGCGAGAAGGCCGAGAAGCCGCAGAUCAAAAUUGGGCAUUACGUGCUAAAGGAUACGCUUGGAGUUGGGACAUUUGGAAAGGUGAAAGUGGGAAUCCAUGAAGUUACCGGCUACAAGGUGGCUGUGAAGAUUUUGAACCGGCAAAAGAUCAAGACGCUGGAUGUUGUCGGGAAGAUUCGGAGGGAGAUUCAGAAUUUGUCGCUGUUCCGUCAUCCGCACAUUAUUCGACUAUACCAAGUAAUCUCCACUCCCACCGACAUUUUCAUGAUCAUGGAGUACGUCUCCGGAGGAGAACUCUUCGAAUAUAUCGUCAAAAAUGGAAGGCUGCGGGUCCCCGAAGCCCGGCGCUUCUUCCAACAAAUCAUCUCCGGCGUCGACUAUUGCCAUCGUCACAUGGUCGUCCACAGGGAUUUGAAGCCGGAGAACUUGCUGUUGGAUGAGCACCGGAAUGUGAAGAUUGCUGAUUUUGGUCUUUCCAACAUUAUGACGGAUGGUGAUUUCUUGAGAACGAGCUGUGGCUCGCCGAAUUAUGCAGCUCCUGAGGUUAUUAGUGGAAAGCUCUACGCCGGACCGGAAGUGGACGUCUGGUCUUGUGGUGUCAUCCUGUAUGCCCUUCUCUGCGGAACCCUACCUUUCGAUGACGAGCACGUCCCCACGCUGUUCAGGAAGAUCAAGGCCGGUGUCUUCCCGAUCCCCGACUACCUCGAGAAGCAGCCAGUUCAUCUGCUCACCCACAUGCUUCAGGUUGAUCCGAUGAAGCGAGCUACGAUUAAGCAAGUCAUUGCUCAUGACUGGUUCCAAAAAGAACUCCCAGCCUACCUUUUCCCACCCGUCAACGAGUCCGAAGCCAGUAUUGUCGAUAUUGAAGCUGUUAGGGAGGUUACUGAGCGCUACAACGUCCCAGAAGAGGAGGUAACUUCUGCACUGCUUGGUGACGAUCCACACCAUCAUCUCUCAAUCGCUUACAACUUGAUUGUAGAUAACAAGAGGAUUGCUGAUGAGACCGCAAAACUAUCGAUUGAUGACUUUUACGAAGUCAACUCGUCGAACAGGGAUGGAGCCAGGCAUCCCGAGCGAAUUUCUGCCGCAGUCAGUGCAAAGAUCACGGCCUCCCUCGAAAACUCAGCAGCAGCUGCUGAAUUCCAAAAGGACGCCAUCUCCCCAGUGAAGCUCCCUCACGUCAAGCGGGCAAAGUGGCAUCUCGGCAUCAGGAGUCAGAGCCGACCCGAGGACAUCAUGUUCGAGGUGUUCAGGGCGAUGAAGGCGCUGGACUUUGAAUGGAAGGUCCUCAACCCCUAUCACAUCAUUGUGCGCCGGAAACCGGAAAACCCAACGAGCGAGCCGCCAAGGAUGUCGCUUCAGCUGUAUUUGGUCGACAACAAGAGCUACUUGCUCGAUUUUAAAAGCUUGGUGGAAGAAGAAUCAAACUCUGCCAGCUCCUCCCGCCACGCUUCAAUUUCCCUUGCCAGCAAGCCGGCUCUCCGGAACAGCAGAGCUUCUUCUCUUCCGAUGCCCGUUGAUGUUGAAACCCCGCCUCCAUCGCCGGGCCAACCCGCCAAGGUCUCGCAAACUAUGCAAUUCUUCGAGAUGUGCGCAUCACUCAUCGGAACUCUUGCCAGA